AUCGACCGCAACAACAUUCAUACCAUGGACAUCGACAAAGAUACCGAAAGUGGGCCUGCCAUCACCAUCCGAAGCAGUGAGCGCGACCAUGUGAACUUCGUGUUAAAGAAUGUCGACCUUGCCGUGGCCAACUCCGUCCGGAGAACCAUGAUGGCAGAGGUCCCCACCUUGGCCAUAGACUUGGUGGAAAUCGACGUUAACACCUCUGUGUUGGCAGAUGAGUUUAUUGCACACAGAUUGGGGCUCAUCCCGCUUGUUAGUGAUAGCAUCGACGAGUUGUCGUACUCCCGGGACUGUACGUGUGACCAGUACUGUAAUAAAUGUUCUGUGAAGUUGGAGCUUGCCGCCAAAUGUGAUACCGACAGCACCAUGAACAUCUACGCCUCGGACUUGGCCAAGUUUCAGAACGGCUCUACGUUGGGCGACCCGGUCAUUCGGGAUGCACAGGGAAAGGGUUCUUUGAUUUGUAAGUUGAGAAAACACCAGGAGUUGAGAAUCACUUGUAUAGCUAAGAAGGGUAUCGCCAAAGAACAUGCCAAAUGGUCACCAUGUUCGGCAGUAGGGUUUGAGUAUGAUCCUUGGAAUAAGUUGAAGCAUACUGAUUACUGGUACGAAGAAAGCGUUGAAGACGAGUGGCCCAAGUCAGAGAACUGUGAAUGGGAAGAAGCUCCUGAUCCAGAGGCACCGUUUGACUAUAAUGCUAGGGCCAACAACUUCUACGUGGAUAUUGAGACUAUUGGUAGCUUGUCACCAAACGAUGUGUUUGUGAAGUCGCUUGAGACGUUGCAGUUGAAGUUGGCAGGUAUAUCGGUGGAGUUGAAUAAGGAUACGGUGGAAAGCAGUAAUGCUGAGUCUGGUGGACUUACUACCUACGGAAGAAAUGGAGGUGAGACGCCAGAAAUAAACUACGGUGGAAGCUACGGCGGCUCUAGUUGGUCGUAGGACGAUAUUAUUCGGCCUGUUGGUCGUUACGUCUUGAGGCACAAUCUGUAAUAUAUCUACAAACUAAAAUAUACAAGUAUCAUGAGAGUAUGAUGUACAGAGCAUUUCCAGUCAGUUGUAUGAACUACGACGUAUUCAGCAUUCUAGUCAGGUAUGCUUUGUGAUCUAUGACGUAUUUAAUAUGGUUUCUAUUAGAGACAUAUACUCCUAGUGACUCUCAUUCCAGCCAACUAAAUCCUCAUACUUGACUAAUUUCCCGCCAAAAAGAUCUAAUGCACUGCCAUACGUCAAGUCCACCUUAUUAUCACUCAAUUCCAGAACUCGAUCAAGGUCUUCCACCAGUUUAGCACCACCAGCAUACACUAUUUUUCCUUCAAAUCCAACCGGGCACCACUCUCCAAGCUUCUUCACCAAGUCCUCAUCAAUCCCGUUGCAUAAUCCUUCCACAUCAGCGGCAUGAAUCAAAAAUUCGUCGCAGUACUGAGAAACUUGCAAUAAGAACAGUUCGCUGAGCACACUGGUGGUUAAUGUUUGCCAUUUGUUCAUGGCCACCACCCAUUUGUGCCCGUCAUUGUCUGUAACUUUCCGGCAGCUCAAGUCCACAAUAAGGCGAUGCUUUCCCACCAAUUCAGAAAUUUGUUUGAGCUUAUUCCAAUCAAGCUGCUUUCCCUGAAAGAGCCAGCUGGUGACAAUGACAUGACUAGCCUUAUACUCAUCCAACCACGUCAACGCGUUGUUGUAGUUGAUUCCACCACCCACCUGGAGUUUUUCGGGCCAUGUCUGGCAAGCUAGUUUAGCAGCGGCAUCGUUUUCAGGGUUGGUUCCAAGCUUUAUGACAUGGCACCCGAGCAACUGCGAUUCUUUAUAUACAUUGGCGUAGAACGAGGAGGGCUUGGUGGAGACGAAAUUCUCAGUGGUACUGGAGUCCGUGGUUAUCACUGCGUCGUCUUGGGUGAGGGUUCCACCCACGAUCUGUUUCACCUGUCCUGAGUGGAUAUCUAUACAGCCUCUGAACUUGGUCAUAAAUGCGUUGCGCG